GAAACCGUCAGUCAUGCAGUCCUGCAGUUCUGCUCUCUGGGUCCUGAUUUUACUGACCACUACAUUCACUAUUGGGUCUGUAUCAGUGAACGGUCCAGUGAAGGUGAAGCUUCAUGACUCUGCUACUCUGUCCUGCUCUGAGAGAUGCUCUGGUUUAGCGAGAUGGACUGUGUUCCACAAACGCAGUGACACUCUGGCUGAGUGUGAUCAGACUUCAUGUAGAUCAGUGAAGGAGGGAUAUCAGAUGAUCCAUGAUCAGUACCUGAAGGGGAAUCUCUCUCUCAUCAUCACUGACGCUGAUUUCAGUAAGAGAGGCUGGUACACGUGUGACUGUGCCAGCAAGGACGUCUGUGAUGUUCAUCUACAGAUUGAGCCCUUGAACACUACAGUUGAGAUGAUGGCCGGUGAUUCUCUGAUCCUAAGGCUGGACGUAUCAGAUCCAGUGGACGUGAUUUAUAACAGUACAGUUACACCUGGACCAUCCAGUGGUCAGAUCUGUACAGUGGAUGGACCCUCACUACAGUGUAAACCUGAAUACACACAGAGAUCAUCACUCACAUCUGGUGUUGAGCUGAGAAGAAUGGCUCCAUCUGACAGUGGAGUUUAUACUGUAAUGGACAGCAGGAAUAAAGAGGUCAUUCACACCUACACAGUGACCGUCCAAGAUGUACAGCAGAGCUUGAUAUGGAAGGAUGGAUAUCAGAAAGGAAACAGUGAUGGGUAUCAGAAGGGAAGUGAAGAUGGAUAUCGUAACGGAUUGGGAAUCGGAGCAGGCGUUUUUGGGGUCAUAGCUCUGGCUCUUGGUUUGAUUUUCGGAAUGUUUGCUGUGCCGCGGGUGCGUCUUCUGAGGUUGAGAAGAGAAGAUCCCUCAGAAAGAAUAGGAGACGAUCCCUCAGGUGGGCGACAAGCUGAAGAUGCUGAAAGUGGUGUUGCCCUGGCCAGAGCUUGCUAGACAGAAUUCUGAAGACUAAACAGCUUCUGUAAGUUCUCUUCAACUUCAUCUUCUGGAAAAAACUUGAAGAAAAAGAAGCUUGAUGUGAUGAUCAGCCACCGGGACUGUGUCGGAUUUGUCUUGUUACAGUCUCAGUAACUCCUAAACCUCAUGAGAGAAGCAGUACUUCAGUCCUCUAAAACAGCUGUCUGAAGAACGUUUCUUCAGUAGGUUUUAGUUUGGGAUUAGACCAACGCGUUGUGGGAUUUCAUCAGUAGUGUGUUCAGUGUUAUUCAGUGAUUAAUGGUAAGAAUCAGGAGAGAGUGGCUCAGUCCUUCUAACACUGAAAUACUUCGUUCUAAUCCCACUUCAAAUUUCUGUCCGUGUUUAGCUUCAAAUAUGUAGAAGAUCUUUGAUCUUGCCUGGAACAGAUUGAGGAUUCAUGGUUUUAUUAUAAAGUGAGCGCUCAGUAUACCUGCCUGAGUCUCACCCCAGUCCAAUCAGCAGCUCAGACACUCAGCUUUCAUGCUCUGAAACUGACCCUCCACCCCCAGUAGAGUCAGACAGAACAGAGUGGGACACUGAAGUCCUGUCGUAUUGACCGUACUGUGUUCUGCCCAGGACUUCCUCUUUAGGGGGUGUUGUACGGCCAUUUGGUGUAACUGUUCAAACCUCGAGAACAGAAAUGGAGGUGGCGUCUUAAACCCUUCAGCAUUAAUACAGUUUAAUAAUGAAUAACAAUUAAAACAAAGACAGUAAAUCAAAAUAAAACAAUUCCCAACAAUUCUCACAACUUUUCACCAACAGGUGAGGAGGAGGCGAAUGGGAAACUGCUGUAGUGUCUCGGCUCUGCUGCUGGUGCUGUGAUGUCUUUGACUGUACAAAGAUAUUUAACCUUCAAUUGAUUUGAUAUCAGAAAAUGAUAUUAAUGCCACUUAAAACAGAACAUACUUUGUUAAAAUAAGAUGGGAACUAGAGUUUUACUUAAAACAUAAUUCCAUCUUCAAAAAACUUCUGAUGAGACGACUCUGCUCCACAUACAGUAAACGGUACAAGACAUUCUAAACAAUUCUUAUUUAUUUAAACACGUUACACUGGCUGUGGAAAACUGUUCAAUUAUUUUGCACCUCACAGGUUUAAUUUCACUGCUACUGAUCCUGAUUUUAAGCUUGGCUUUUCGUUGUGUAGUAAUUUUCUGUAGUGUGAGAUUUUGAGCUGCUGCUUCUUGGUCUUCAGCUGUAUGUUCUGAGCAGCUCUUUAACAAAGGCCUUUUUGCUGAACUGUAGCUGCUGUAAUGCCAAAGGUCCUUUCAGACCAGAGCGUGUUGAGCUUCCUCUGAAUGUAGCUCUGCUUUCAGAGCACAGACAAAGCCUUUAAACACAUGAACGCUGGUUAUUAACUAAACACUACUGGAAUCUACUGGACGCACUGUAAUUAAAGAUGCUACUGUAUAUAAUAUAAUGUGCAUGUAGGUGAAACACCUCUGAAAACUCAAGGGACAAAAUCCAGAAAGAGGUGGUCUAAAAAUGGUGGUCUACCUCCAUUAAAACAAUAUUUGUGCCUUUUCCAUGUUCAAAUGUUUCCUUUCACCUCCUGAUGCUGUAAUAAACAAGCUAAAAGGAGAACCGGACUCUGAUGGUACUAAGACUCUGCUUUAAGUUCGGCUCUUUAGCCUCGUACACUAAACCUGUAGGAGGAAACCUGGGUGUGAUCUUAGA